AGAAACAGCAACCCAGAGAAGAGAAGUAACCCACACAGGAUCAUUCCAUAGAGGCACAAGGGCAAGAACCCAAUCUGGACCCUCCCUGGCAGGACAGACUUUCUGCAGCUUGAAAGGAGCUGACCAUGGAUUUCAGACGUGUGAAGGACUAUUUCUCCUGGCUCUACUAUCAGUACCAAAUCAUUAGCUGCUGUGCUGUCUUGGAACCCUGGGAGCGAUCCAUGUUCAAUACGAUCUUACUAACCAUUUUUGCUAUGGUGGUAUACACCGCCUAUGUUUUUAUCCCAAUCCACAUUCGUCUGGCUUGGGAAUUUUUCUCCAAAAUGUGUGGCUAUCACAGUACAAUUUCUAAUUGAUCUUAGUUGCAUUCUGUGAAUCGGCAUUGCCUCUGUAAAUGUUGCUUACAACUUACCAACUUACAUGAAUACUGUGUCUUCUUCCACUCUCUGAUCUGAAAAGCUCCCUUCUCUAUGCACUCUUUUAUCUUGCCUGAAAUGUGAGAUAGGUGUCUCUUUAGGUUCUUUUGCACAUUCUGCAUUGUGCAUCGGACCAUGGAUAACACAAAGACCUUACCUCACAUACCAGCCGUAUUCUCUCAACUUAAAUCUACAACUUCAGAUUUUUUUUUUUAAUCAGAAAUUUCAUAUAAAAUUUUUCUGGGAAGUUGGCUCCUAAGAGACCUACCAGAAUCAUAUUUAAAAUGCUCCCUUGAUACUUGUUCUGUACUAAAGGGUCUAUUUUUAAAAAUCUGUUCAUAAGCUCCUGUCAAAAGUAUCCUAUCCUUGUUUACAACAUAUGAAAAGAUAUGAAUAAAUUAUAUGGGCCCCCUAAAGUCUUAUUUUCUAGUAAACUGCUGAUACCUAAAAUUCUUUUACUUCAAGUGCAAAAGAAUAGGCUGGAGGCAAUUAUCUCUUUUCAGACACGGUUCAUGAAUUAUUUCAAAUGCCUUCUAAAAGUCUGGAUUUAUAACAGGUUAAAAUCAACAAUGUUGAUUUUAGAUAACCCAGUAAGUAUUAUGAUACAAAAAUGUUAAGUGUAAGGAACAAAACAUAAUCAAAGUAAAUUUAGAUAUUGUGACUUGCGAUGCUGCCUGGCCUUGCGUGAUGCUGGGGAGCCAGGGGGAGAAGGGGGAGGGAAAAGAAACUGCUUUCUUUCUGUGAUUUCACUCAGUGGAGGGUUGGGGGGAAGCAUGUAUUGGGCUACAGGAAGAAACGCUAAUAAAUAGACUGGAAGUAAUAUUCUACCAGCAGGAACUCGACAGCUCCAGUUAAAUGCUUUGAUAUAGUGACUCCUUUGCAGAGCAAAAACAAGAUUUAUUCAAUUUCCUUCAAAGUGUUUAUCUCAAAAACAAAUACAAGUUUUUAAGUAUACUGCUGAAUCAGAUGUGAAUGCCAAAGACCAAACCUUAUAGUUUGUCUUUCCUUCCAAUAACUAGUAAGGUUAGUAAUUCUGGAGGGUAAAAAUGGAAAUAGUUUUUGGACAAUAUUUGCACCUAUGUUUGUAUUAUGGGGGGAAAAAAAAGCAAACAUUCCCAGGAAGCCCAGAGAGAAAGAUGUUUGGCAUGCCAAAUUAACAUGCAUGUUUGUUAAAAAACAAAAACGUGUUUUGAAGAUAAACCAGAUCUGAACAUGUACUGUUGAUUUUUGCAAAAUAAAAUUAGGUUUAAUUUUGUAAAUAAAAUAUUCAC